UAUAGACCCUAGUUAAUAGUCAGGAGAGAAACCUGCACACAAGACAUAAAGAAGACAAGUUCUCAUAUUGAAGAGCAAAGAUGAGUAAGAAUAGCUCAGUGUAUGAUGAGCUCCGUCUGGAACAACAGCUCUGUGACGCUGUGAUCAGAGUAGACGACGUCGAAUUUCAUGCGCAUAAGGUCAUCCUCUGUAACUACAGCUCGUACUUCAGAGCCCUCUUUACCCACUGGUCAACCCCAGACAGUCGGAUCUUUGACAUUCCCAAUGUGUCACUUGACAUGAUGAAGCUCAUCAUUGAAUUUGCCUACAGUGGCUUUGUUCCUGUGACACAAGAAAAUGUACAAGACCUUUUUAUAGCAGCGGACCGGUUCAAUGUAAAGGGCAUCAUACAAGCCUGCAGUGACUUCCUUGAGGAGCAGCUGGCCCCACAGAACUGCAUUGGCAUCUGGUGGUUCACAGACAUCUACUACAACCCUGAACUGAAGCACAAGGCCUACGUCUACAUGCUGAAUCACUUUGAGGAGGUAGCUGCCACCUCAGAAGAGUUCCUGCUGCUCUCUGUGGAGGAACUUGCUAAAAUCAUUGAGAAUGACCAACUUAUUGUGAAAAAUGAGAAGAUGGUGUUUGAGGCCGUCCUUCGCUGGAUUGCCUAUGCACCUGAGGAACGCAGAGAACACAUCUCUCUGCUUUUGCCUAAAGUCAGGCUGGCUUUGAUGAAUCCAGAAUACAUCAUAGACAGUGUAACAGAAAACGAACUGGUGAAGGCAAGUGAAGAGUGUCGACCAAUUCUUGUCAAGACCUUGGAGGACAUGCUUGACCUCCGAACAAGAAGGUUCUCUGACUCUAUUAUUUGUAACUCUUUGGCCCGCCCACGACUGCCCCCUGCCAUCCUUUUAGCUGUGGGAGGCUGGAGUGGCGGCAGUCCCAUCAAUUGCAUCGAGGCAUACGAUGUCCGUGCUGACCGCUGGGUCAGUGUAACCAAAAGUGAGGAGACUCCCCGGGCCUACCAUGGUGCUGCUUUCCUCAAUGGAUCACUUUACUGUGUCGGUGGCUUUGACAGCGUUGAACAGUUCAGCACUGUGCACAGGUUUGACCUGGGCACACACACCUGGCAGGAGGUGGCACCAAUGCAUUCGAGCCGCUGUUAUGUCAGCAUAACUGUGAUGGACGGGUUCAUAUACGCCAUGGGAGGUUAUGAUGGACAUCAUCGACUCCAAACUGCAGAGCGCUAUCAGCCCAGUACCAACCAGUGGACUUUAAUUGCGCCCAUGCACGAGCAGAGGAGUGACGCCAGUUGUACAGUCCUCCAUGGCAAGGUGUACAUUUGUGGUGGCUUCAAUGGGACAGACUGCCUGUCAUCGGUUGAAUGUUACAACGCAGAGACCAACCAGUGGACCCUGAAAGCCUCCAUGGGCAGCAGGCGCAGUGGAAUUGGGGUCAUCGCCUAUGGAGACCACGUCUUUGCAGUUGGCGGUUUCAAUGGAACUAGCCGUCUGCGCACGGCUGAGGCCUAUAACCCCCACACUGACACCUGGCGUGCUGUGCCCUCCAUGCUGAGCCCCCGCAGUAACUUUGGCAUUGCAGUGAUCGAUGACCGCCUCUUUGUGGUCGGGGGCUUCAACGGCUUCACCACUACCUUUGACAUUGAGUGCUUUGAUGUUGAAACUGGUGAAUGGUCUGAUGUCUGUGACAUGGAGAUCUCCCGUAGCGCCCUGAGCUGUUGCGUGGUGUAUGGACUUCCCAACAUAGCCGAGUAUGCUGCCCCUCGACACUCCCUGCAAUCCUCCGAUGAGGCGGAGGAUGAAGUGGAGUGAUGAAGCUCCAUCCGCUUAUGAGCUACAUUGUUCUGUAAAUAAAUGUUUCUAUGCAUGCAUGAAA